AUGGCGCUUCGACGAUCUCACCGGAAAUCUCGACAUGGGUGCAUUGAAUGCAAGCGACGACGAGUAAAGUGCGACGAGGCCCGGCCUAUGUGCUCCAAUUGCCAAAAGCGCCAUGCAGAAUGCGAGUAUGACUCAUCUAGCCCGCUGCUCUGGGCAAAUAAAGAGCCCUCGGCUCGCCAGUCGUCGCGUGCCUCGGGUUUCGAUAGUGGCCUCCACGGUGAUCCCUCACCAGGAAGUCCAGGGGCCGAUUCAUUGGGGUUAUUGGGUCGGCUCAGCAGCGACAGCUCGACGCCUGCUGCUCCCGCAGGUUUAAAUCUUCAUGACCUGGAGCUGAUGACGAAAUGGUGCAAUGCGACGUUCCGCACGCUCUCCAGCAACGAUCGCACCGAUACAGUAUGGCGAAACGCCGUCCCCGAAGAAGGCCUUUCGCACCCAUUCCUCAUGCAUGGCAUUCUGGCUCUAUCUUCUCUCCACUUGGCUCGGACAACGCCCGAAACUUCGCGGCGGGCUACGUAUCUGAAUCGGGCAGUGGUGCACCAGAACCAAGCCCUAGCAUUGUUCCGCGAGCUUCUGGGCGAUGUUAAUGAAGGAAAUGCGAAGGCUAUGUUUGCCUUUGCCAGCAUCGUCGUCGUCUACACGUUCGGGUUCCCCCACUCUCCCGAUGUGCAAGACCCAUGGACCUGUGUGGACGACCUAUACCGGGUUCUAAUCCUCACAAGAGGCAUUCAGCAGGUUAUUUGCUCGUCAACUGGCUUUCUUGGAGGUGGGAGAUUUGCACCAAUUCUCCAAGUUGACAGUACUCCCGUGCCGUUACCAGACGACGCGACCACGGCCAUCAGACAUCUCUACGAAGCCAACGAAACAUGUCGGGCCCGCGACCCGCACCACGAAAUGGAUGCCUACACUGUCACUAUCGACAACCUUGCCGAAAUGUUGAGCUGGAUCUAUAGCGGGAAGACCUCGAUAGUCAUUGCGGGCAGGUGGGCGAUCAAGCUGCCAUCCCGAUUCUUGGACCUGUUGCGCGAGUGCGAGCCUUUGGCACUCGUCAUGUUAACGCAUUAUGGCGCGCUACUACAGCAUCUGAAGCAUCGCUGGUGCUUUGAUGAGUGGUGUGUGCGGGUUACAAAAGCUGCCUGGGCAAUCUUGGACGAUCAGUGGAGACCGCUGCUUCAUUGGGCGAUGCAAGGGAUCCUCGGUGAAAACUACCUGGAGCAAAUUGAUACUUUGUGA